AUGGAAACCGAGCUCAGCAGAAUCGCAAAGCUGAUAAAAAAUGAAGAGCAAUGCAAAAAAGAUGGGAACUCCAUGAAAGAGAAAAAGUUCGUGUGGCUGGUAGAGGAUUUCUACAUUCAAUCACUGUAUCCAUUGUACGGUGAUCUCACCGGAGAGUACGUAAAGUCAGGUCCCAGCAAAGUGGAUAGGAUGUCCUCAGCAUCUUCCUCUAGCUCGGAGUCUGAGUACUUUUCCUCAGAGGAAGUAGAUUCAAAUUCAGACAUCAAUGAUUUUCCCAGAGAAAGGGAAGCUUCUACUCCUCAAAUCCUUAAUCCAGAGCUUCAACUUGAAAGCCAAUCACGUCAAGUUAAACAACUCUUGUUUGCAAAGAACGCUGAUUUGCACAGACGAGUUUUUGAGCUUCAACUGUUACUUAACGACACCAAAGGAACAGUGUCUGUGUUACAGGGAAAACUCCAAACCAACGAGGAUCGCUCAGCAACCAAAAUUGCUGAAUUGAUGGCACGGAUACAUGAACUCGAACAAGAGGCAAAGUCUCUGCGGACUCAGAAAGGAAAAGUGGAAGAGAAGAUUAGACGCAGCAGAAACGAAGCAUGGACCCAGAAGAAGGACUUCGAUGACCAGAUUAAUGCCAUGCAGCAAAUGUUAGAUUCCGUGAGAAAUCACAACAAAGAGUUGGAGGUACAGUUGGAAAGAACGAGAGUAGAAGCUUCGCAAUCAUGCUCGGUUAGAAUACAAAAUCAUGGGGAGGAUUUGGCUGAAGGAAAGGAGUGUUUUCUUGCAAGAAUAAAGGACCUGGAACUGGAAUUGGAAUCUCGAUGCAGCAAACAGCACGAUUUGGAGGAUAGAAACAAAGAACUAGAAAGAGCAAUGGCACGGGGAGUGCAAGAGAUAUCUGAACUUUUUAUUUAUCAUGAGGGUUGUGAAGAAGGAGCUACCAUACAUGCUGAAGCUUUACAAACUUUAGUUGAAAAAUUAAAAACCAGGGUGGCUGAUCAGGAGGAAACGAUAAACAAGCUAACAGAAAGCAUUGAAGAAAUAGGUGCAGAAAACAGACAUUGUAAGGAUUGGAUAAGAGAAAGAAAUGGUGAAGUGAAAGAGAUGAAAGUGAAGGUAGAUGGGCUUGAGAUGUUGCUUGAAAGGAAAGUAGAAAACUUGGAAAGGGAUGUGAAAGAGAAGGAUGGUGAUUUGGUGGGGCUUGCGGAGAAGAAGAAAGAAGCAAUAAGACAACUUUGUUCUCUGGUUGAGUUUCAUCGUGAUCGCUAUGUCUAUCUAAAGGAUUCCAUGUCAAAGAGAAACAAGUUUUGGUAACAGAAAACCAGUCUCCAUUUGCGUUUUCAAUAGUCAUUGUAUUUGCUUCAAGAAACACACAUUUUUUUGUGCUUUCUUAGAGAAUGCCAUUUCUGUUAACUUUUAGGUACGAGGUUGUCACUAUCAAACAACCAACCACAUUAUACCUCUUAGCUGCUUCUGCCACCAAUCAUGGCAAAAGACUCCUACAUUAUG